GUCAUCUGGCAGGAACCGGAAGCCGGUUAUAAAGUAAAGCAAGGGUAAUCCUGCCCGGGGUCUUCGUCUCGGGUUUGCUCCGCCGACACUUGAAUCCCAUACUCGAAGCGGUCUCCUGGUCGAGCUUUGCCUUCGCCAUGGCCCUCAGCGAUGCAGACGUGCAGAAGCAGAUUAAGCACAUGAUGGCUUUCAUCGAACAAGAAGCCAAUGAGAAAGCAGAAGAAAUAGAUGCAAAGGCAGAAGAAGAAUUCAACAUUGAGAAAGGUCGUCUUGUGCAAACCCAAAGACUGAAGAUUAUGGAAUACUAUGAGAAGAAAGAAAAGCAGAUUGAACAGCAGAAGAAAAUUCAAAUGUCCAAUCUGAUGAAUCAAGCCAGACUCAAAGUCCUCAGAGCAAGAGAUGACCUCAUCACUGAUCUGCUAACUGAGGCAAAGCAAAGACUCAGCAAGGUGGUAAAAGACACAACCAGAUACCAGGUGCUGCUGGAUGGGCUGGUCCUCCAGGGCUUGUACCAGCUGUUGGAGCCUCGGAUGAUUGUGCGCUGCAGGAAACAGGAUUUCCCUUUGGUGAAGGCCGCAGUACAAAAAGCAAUUCCUAUGUAUAAAAUUGCCACCAAAAAAGAUGUUGAUGUCCAAAUUGACCAGGAGGCCUACCUGCCUGAGGAAAUGUAAGGAGACUUCCUGUUGUUGAAUGUGCUGCGUGCUGUGGGAAUGGCUGUGGUGCCGGC